AGCCCAAACACAGAGUUCUAUCUCUCGAAGCAGCGGAGGCGGUGUCCUUAAAAGUGCCUGUAGAAUUUUUUCUGUUAAUUUUUCGUUUGCCUCCGCGUCACACAAUCAACUUUUUCGUUGAACCAUGAGGACGUACUUCGUGAUAGCCGCCAUACUGAUCGCCGGAACGAAUGGUCAGGAGUCCUUCAAAUGUCCGGAUGACUUCGGAUUCUAUCCGCAUCACAUAUCGUGCGACAAGUAUUGGAAAUGCGACAACAGCGUGGCGGAACUGAAGACGUGCGGCAACGGUCUGGCAUUUGACGCCAGCGACAACAAGUUCCUCACCGAGAACUGCGAUUAUCUGCACAAUGUAGACUGUGGCGAGCGCACGCAGCUCGAACCGCCUAUCGGCACGCCGCACUGCUCCCGCCUCUACGGCAUCUUCCCUGAUGAGAAGAAGUGUGAUGUCUUCUGGAACUGUUGGAAUGGCGAGGCCUCCCGUUAUCAGUGCAGUCCCGGACUGGCCUAUGACCGUGAAGCCAGGGUGUGCAUGUGGGCCGACCAGGUGCCCGAAUGCAGAAACGAAGAGGUCGCCGGAGGUUUCACGUGUCCGGCUGCGGGAGAAGUGAGCGGCGCAUCCGGCAGUUUCAGCAGACACGCCCAUCCGGAGGAUUGCAGAAAGUACUACAUAUGCCUUGAGGGCAUCGCCAGGGAAUACGGUUGCCCGAUUGGCACAGUUUUUAAGAUCGGCGAUGCCGACGGCAGUGGCGCUUGCGAGGAUCCCGAGGAUGUUCCCGGAUGCCAAGACUAUUAUGGUGACGUGGACUUGAAGGCUCUACGCAAGCUAGGCUACAGGAAAUAGAAGCGUUUGCAUGCAAGCAUUGCACUCACCGGCGACGAAAGCUGCAGUACAUCCGCGGAAAGUCGGCUGCAGAAAGUCAAUCGUUGACAAAAGGAAAGAAGCAAUCGCAAGACAACACACACCUCCUGCAAAUUAUGUUCCAUAAAAUUAUAUUGUUGUCACCCGGAUCGCCAUGUAAAUAAGCUAAAUCGAAUAAAAGACGUGAGAAAGUGUAGAAAUACAUGUUGGAAACAGAAA